AACGCCUCUCUCUCUCUCUCUCUCUCUCUCUCUCUCUCUCACGGAGCAAAAAUGGAAACCCUAGAAGGGAACCCUAGCGUCGACUCCUCCCUGCUCGGCGCCCUCGUGAAGGGGAAGCGCACCAAGCGCCUCCGCCCCCCAACCCUAUCGUCGUCGUCAUCGUCGUCAUCAUCCGCCGCCGCCGCCGCCGCCGCCGCCGCCGAGAGCUCCAGCACCUCCGCCGCUGCCACGGAUGAGGACGAGGACAUGGCCCAGUGCCUCAUCCUCCUCGCCCACGGCGGCGCCGCCCCCGUCCCGUCGCCCGCCGAGAGAUCCCCGCCCCGGCCGCGCUCCUCCGCCGACUCCUCCUCCGCCGCCGCCGCCGCCCCCUCCGCCUACGAGUGCAAGACGUGCAACAAGAGCUUCCCCUCUUUCCAAGCCCUCGGCGGCCACCGCGCCAGCCACAAGAAGCCGAGGACCGACGACAAGCCCAAAGCCUCCCCUCUCCCCAACCCCAAUCCCAACGACGGCGACGGAGAGCACGAUAAGGACAUCCCCAUCACCCUCCCCCUCCCCCUCCCCCUCCACCCAUCCAUCGAUCCACCGCCGAAGCCGAAUACAUCCCACAACAACAGCAUCAUCAACAACAACAACAACAACAACAACAACAAAAUUAGGGUUCACGAGUGCUCUAUCUGCGGGUCGGAGUUCGCCUCCGGGCAGGCGCUCGGCGGCCACAUGCGGCGGCACCGCCCGCUGAGCGCGGCGGAGCCCCCGGCGGAGGCGAAGAAGCAGCCGCCGCCGCCGCCGCCGCCGCUGCCGCUGCCGCUGGAUCUCAACCUCCCCGCUCCGGCCGACGACGACGCCCCCGCCGCCGCCAACGGCUACCCCAAUCCCCCCGUCUUCGCCUUCGGGGCGAAGCCGGCGCUCGUCUUCUUCGCCCCGGCUUUGGUGGAUUGCCAUUAUUAAUCAUAGAAUUUUAUUCAAUUUACUUGUGAAAUUUCUUAGAAUUCUAUAGACCGAAAAAAAAAAAAAAAAACUUGUUAUGUGAAUUAUUAUGUGAAUUAUUAUUAUUGUUACAGCUUAAUUACCAUUGAUUCUUUGGAUUCUUUUAA